CACAUCCCUUCCAACCGACAGCCACGAUCCAAGAGAGAACGAAAGGAUCCUCAACAACAACAAAAAAGACAAUAAAAGGAGGCGGCGAUGUCGACAGCAACGGCGACGGCGGAGAACAAGAAGACCCAGAGCAGCGGCGGCGUGGAGAGGAGGGACCUUAUGGAUCCGAAUGGCCUUCAGAAGAGAAAAUUAAGUGCUAGGAAAUGGUUGCUCCAGAAGCACAAUAUAUCCCUUUCAGGCAAAUUGCAAAUAUCUGUAUUGCAAAAAGUUCUAGGAAGCAAGAUGCAGGGGUGGAAUCACUGGAAUAGUGGAAUGUACAGAUGGAGCAUGUAGUGGAAUCACUGGAAUAGUGGAAUGUAUUGUACACUCCAGGUUUGUUCUUGCCUUCUUGGAGAGGAUGUGCUCAGUGUUUAUGUGUAUGAGAUACAGUUGGAGUCUACUUCCCAAGGAAAUGGGUUGGGGAAGUUUCUAAUGCAGUUGAUUGAACCUCGCAAGUGCCAAAUGAGAUCCAUGAUGCUAACAGUUCAAAAACCUAAUACGGAAGCUAUGGCUUUCUACAAUAAGUUGAGAUAUGCCAUAUCCUACCUCACCAUCACGAGUGGAUCUGCUGAUCAGGAUUGGUACAAGCUAUGAGAUUUUGUGCAAGACAUUUGAAGCUGAAGCUAAGUGCAAACUGGAGGUGCGUAGCAUGUUCGAUAUUGAAUAAAGUCUGCUUACCUUCCAAGGAUACUGAUUAUGAUGAUCUGUGUGUCACUGAUGGUAUUGGUACUCACUAUAUUAAAUACGAAAUGGCUAUGUUGGGAUGCGGCUGCCCACGUUAUUGUGAUUUACUCCACGGGAUGCUUGGUUUCAUUUCUUUGAAUGCUAUAAUGAGCGAAAUCACAUGCUCUCAGAACCACCAAAUUUGGAAUCUUUGUUCCACUGAAAACUGACCAUAUCUGCCUACCAUUAGCUAUGAUGGCAAUAAUUUUGUUAGGUUUCUGUUUUUGGCAAAUAUUUUGUGAGGUUGUGUUUUCAGUAUGCUUUGCCUCCCUGUUUAACUUGUGGAGCCAAAUUUAACCAAGACAGGGGGAACUAAUGUGUUCACCCUGGUUCUGGUUACAGAUUUUAGCAUGCCUUUGACUUGCUAUUUGGGCAGAAACUUACUAUUUAUCUGAACCUAUAUUGUAUAUAUGGGCACCAGUGCAUGUUGGAGUCUCUGAUCUACCCUGAAAGAAGCACUACAAGUGUGUGCAUCAGACCCACAGAUUUAGUCCACAUUGCGAAAGAGCUUCAGAUCGACAAUUCAUACAAGUUAUGCGGUCACUUUACAGGCAGGUGAUGCAGAAACACAGGAAGAGAGAUAACAGUCGCAUAUAGUUCAAGUGCGCCUUCUCCUCGGGGCUCUCUUCCCCUUGGUGGUCGUCGCCCCAGGAAUCCAGGUGGUCUCCCUUUCCUCCAACUCCAACUGUCGCUCCUUGCCCUCCUUAGCUGCGGAGGCAGCGGCAAGGGCCUUUUGCUCCCGCUUGUACCUGAGCAUGAGUCUCUUGCGUGGUGGCAAGUGCUCCUCCUUGAUCCCCGUGUCGUCAUCCACCUUGGCCUUAGCCUUGCAUAUGCAGUGCUUGCCACGGAGCGCCCCACACUUGUCGCACAUGUACUUCCUCCAAUUGAAAGGGUACUUGGCCUGGUUGAACUCCAUGCAUAGUCCCUCCUCCUUGCCCUUCUCCCUAGCUGUGGAGGCGGCGGCAGCAAGGGCCUUCUUCUCCCGCUUGUACCUGAGCAUGAGCCUCUUGCGCGGUGGCAAGUGCUCCUCCUUGAUCCCCGUGUUGUCAUCCGCCUUGGUCUUAGCCUUGCAUACACAGUGCUUGCCACGGAGCGCCCCACACUUGUUGCACAUGUACUUCCUCCAAUUGAAAGGGUCCCUGGCCUGCUUGAACUCAACACAUACGGCGUGGUGGCCCUUGUCUGCGUUGACGAUCUUGCUCCAGUGGUUCAUGACCGGGGUUGUCUUGCUACUCCCGCCCGUUGACAUCCUGUCACUCUAUGCUCAAGCUCUCAUCCACACUCUUACUUCACCUCUAUGGAAUUCUUACUAACCUGAUGAUGAUGAUGAUUAUGAUCGAUCUCUUGAUCAAGGUACAAGAAUUUGUAGGAUGCUUGAAUUAUUUUUCAGGAUGCAAAUAAAUACUCUUGAACAGAUAAGGAUUGCCAAAGGAAGCAAAAAGUAAUUUGAGAAUGCAUGGGGCGGCACGGUGCCAUGUGAACCGUAACGCCUAUCUGUGCUAGUGUCUUGCACAAAUCCUUGGCGUAAACUGCCAGUGCCGAAAGCAACACGCUUGAGGUUUCUUGCAGUGGUGGUGGCUGUUCACACAUAAAUCCAGCAACCAGAGGCACCUGGUUCAUGCCAUGGCUAUUUGCUUUUUAGAUGGUAGCGGCUGCAGUUUCUGUAGUUUGCUAAAACCAAUCUUGCUGAUGCUAUUGGUUAGUUCAAAAAGUUUCUUUCUUAGAAAAGAAGGAUUUUAUUGAUCUUGCAGGCUCCAAGUGAGAUGCCUGUAUCAUAUGAAAAGGAGCAGCAGAAUGUAGAUUUGAUGGUCGAUGACUAGUGUAGUUAUCUUUUCUUUAAAAGGUAAAAAUAACAAGAAGCAAUCAUGGUCAUGCUUACCAAAUAUGUUGUAAUGCUACACUAUAUUAUUUGGUAGCCUUGUAUAUGACAACGUACAAGGGUGUAAAACAUUUAGAGUGUGGGAACAGAAGACCCACAUUAUGGAAAGAUGUCCAACCAAUGGGUGAUAAAAAGGAAGUCAAUUUAAGAAUAAA